CUUGCCAUCAGGGAAGACAGCCUUGUUGUCGUGGAAGCCUUUGGCGAAGCCUGUUGCAUGGUCGUGCUGUGCCCAUCCAAGACCUUUGCGUGCGCCUUUUAGGACGCCAUCAUCCUGUAACAACCGCCUCGAGAACUUACAAUAUUUAGCGUCAUGCUUGACCUCGUCAUUAUUUUGAGGGCUUCCUUCUUGCUGGCAGCCACCGCUGCUCUCCUCGCUCACUGCCUUCCUUCUCUUCGCACGCGUUUCUUAGCAUAUGGUUCUCGUCAGAAUGGUCAACCGCCAAAACAACUCACUACCAAUCCACUUGACGCACUUGCCACUUUCCAAGUGCCUCACAGCUGGUUUGCAUCUUUCUACCUCGUCUCCACCUUGUGUUCUUUCAUAUGGUUCUCUCAGAUCCUCCUUGAUCAAUCGCUCUGGCGCAACCUGGCAGCAUUGACCGACAUCAAGAAUUCCAUGACCUUGGAUCAAAUCAUCGUCACAUGGAUACUGAUGCUCCUGCAAGGUGUCCGUCGUUUGUAUGAGAGUUUGGAAUUUACUAAGCCCUCCAAUGCUCGCAUGUGGAUCGGCCACUGGGCUUUGGGGGUCUGGUUUUAUGCUAGCAUGAGCAUAGCCGUCUGGAUCGAAGGAGCUCCAACUCUUCUCCAAGAGUCAUUCAAUUUCUCGCAUUUGACUAUCGAGCCUCCCUGCCUUCGUACUUUUGUGGGUUGCUUGAUUUUCAUCCUUGCUUCUGGUGUGCAACACGACUGCCACGCAUAUCUUGCAUCUUUGAAGAAGUACAGUGUGCCCGAGCAUCCAGUGUUCCAACGAUUGGUUUGCCCUCACUACUUUGUCGAGUGUCUGAUCUAUCUUGCUAUUUCGAUUGUUGCGGCUCCAGCUGGAUCCCUGUUGAACUGGACGAUAGUAUGCGCACUCAUUUUCGUAAGCGUAAAUCUAGGAGUGACGGCGGAUGGAACCCGGGACUGGUAUGGACAAAAGUUCGGGCCGGAUAGCGUGAGCGGAAAGUGGAGGAUGAUUCCCUUCGUCUUUUGA